AUGUAUAAUUCGUCUCAACCAAAUACGAAGCAAGCAGACGUACCGCCAGCGCAACCAAAUAAACAGGGAGGUUCUGAAUCUAAGAAAUUUGAACAAAAGUAUUUGGGACCAGUACCAAAAGCACUUAGUGUUGAAGGAGGAGCACCGCAACCAGUUGAUCAAAAAAACAUCGAUCCCGAUACUUAUACUGAAAAAGAUAAAGUCAAAGCUACAUUUGUUUCACUUGCACGUAAUUCGGACUUGUAUUCUCUUGUUGAUUCAAUUAGAGAAGUUGAAGAUCGGUUCAAUAAGAAAUUUCAUUACGAUUGGACAUUCCUUAAUGAUGUAGAGUUUUCAUCUGAGUUCAAGGAAACCGUGUCCACUAUAGUCAGUGGUAAGGCUAAUUUCGGACUUAUUCCAAAAGAACAUUGGUCGUAUCCAGAAUGGAUUGAUCAAGAGAAGGCUGCAUUGGUGAGAGAAAAAAUGAGAGAACAAAAGAUCAUUUAUGGUCAUUCUGAAUCAUACAGACACAUGUGUAGAUUCGAAUCGGGAUUCUUUUGGAGACAGGAGAUUCUAAAGGACUAUGAUUAUUAUUGGCGUGUUGAACCAGAUAUUAAAAUCUACUGCGAUAUAGAUUACGAUGUCUUCAAGUGGAUGAAGGAUAAUGGCAAAGAGUAUAGUUUUACUAUUUCCCUACCUGAAUAUAAGGAAACCAUCCCAACAUUAUGGCAAACAACUAAGGAGUUUAUUGAUAAACACAAAGAAUACCUUGCACCUAAUAAUAUGAUGAAUUGGUUAAGUGAUGAUGAUGGUAAUACAUAUAAUGGAUGUCAUUUCUGGUCUAAUUUCGAAAUUGCCUCGUUAAACUUUUGGAGAUCGGAUGCGUAUCGUUCAUAUUUCGAACAUCUUGACAAAGCUGGUGGUUUCUUUUACGAACGGUGGGGAGAUGCUCCUGUACAUUCAAUUGCAGCAGCUCUUUUCCUACCAAAGGAAAAAAUCCAUUUUUUUGAAGAUGUAGGAUACUAUCAUGUGCCAUUCACUAAUUGUCCAGUUGAUCCGGAAAUUAGAAAGGAAAGACGUUGUAAUUGUGAUCCACAGAAGGAUUUCAGUUGGAGAGGAUACUCGUGUACUACCAAGUAUUAUAAUGUUAAUGGAUUCAAGAGACCUAAAGGGUGGGAGAAAUAUACAGGUUAA